AUGUUUGACCCUACAAUUAACUUUGAUGAUCUAAUAUCAAAUAUCUUCGGUAUCCGAAUGCCAACCCUGUUCUGGACAACACAAGGCGCUUUCACUCUAGUAUUACUCGCUUUUCUCACCUAUAUUAUUAACCAGUAUAUCAAGUACAGCCAAUAUUCGGAAAACGACAAACAAGUACGUAAAAUACCACAUUGGAUUCCGUUUGUGGGACAUUCUGUUUCGUUCUUUUAUGAACCAGUCAAGCUUUUGAACAGGCUAAGGAGAAAUGAGAGUUCUGGAAUAUUUGCUCUUCAAGUUGGGGUCGUAACAGUCAAUAUUGCUUGUGAUGAAUAUAUCGCCAAAAAGAUUUUGGCUGAGAAAGAGUCAUCUUUAAGCUAUGAACCAAUAGCAUGGAAGAUUGCACAAAGGAUAUCUGGUGUACCUCAUCAAAGUAGAGAAAAGCAUAAUCUGAGUUGGGAGAAUUAUAAAUCAAUUUACCAGUACUUGAUGAACAAGCCUCAUGUGGAAAAAAUAACAAAAAGAAUAUCACAAUUACUCGAACAAAAUAUCCCGCAGAUGGUUUCCUUCCUUGAAACAAGCGUCGAUCUCCAACCAUGGGAGCGAUGCGCCAACGCUUCACUCGUAUCACCCUACCAGUCAGAAAUGUCUCUUAUGCCUCUCAUUCACAUGAUGAUGGGCUAUGCUUCAGUUUCAGCCUUAUUUGGCUCCGAAAUCCUCGAGAAGUAUCCUGAUUUGAUAGAGAAUCUUGAUGAAAUGGAUAAGGGAAUACAAUAUUUCUUGUGGGGUCUACCAGCUUGGCUCCCAUGGCCUGGAGUUAUGAAAUCUCACAUUGCCAGAUAUAAACUAUGGAAAUACAUGGAUGAUUACGAAAUAGCUCUGGAUAACAAACUUAGUUGUAAGCCGAAUGAGUGUUUGUGGGGCGAUUUGGAAGAUGUGAGUGACUUCAUAAAGGCUCGUCAUAAGUUUCUAAAAGAGAAUGGUUUCGAUAUCAAGGAGCGGGCUGACAUCGGUAUUCUCUGGGCUUCAAUAGCCAACACAAAUAUGUUGGUAUUCUGGUUCAUCCUUCAUGUUUAUUCAUCACCAGGAUUAGUCAAAAGUCUCCGGGAUGAGAUAAACCUUUAUGCUUUAGUAACACCUGGAAUUACCAUAGGAAAAUUUUCUGAGGCUCCCAGGCUCUCUCUCAAUUCAAAAAUGCUCUCUAAAAGCUGUCCUCAGCUGAGAGCUGCACUUUUUGAAACACUUAGACUUCACAGUAGAGCUUGGUCUGUUCGAGCCGUUUCUGAAGAUAUUGAAAUAUCAAAUAACCAGAAAGAACCUUGUUUUUCGCCAUUCCAUCUGAAAAAAGGCGAAUAUGUUGUAAUUCCGAACAGCGCUCAUAUGCAUGACCCUUCUUACUAUAGGGACCCUUUGGUUUUUAAGCCGGAGCGCUUUCUUACCUACAAUGACGACGGAAGUAUAUCAGUAAACGUAGGCGCUAUCCGUCCUUUUGGAGGAGGGUCUAGUGCUUGUAAGGGACAAGAAAUUGCAGAAAACGAAUGUUUGCUGCUAGUAGCCGGAGUAGUUGCUUACUGGGAUAUUGAGCCUGCCAAUGAAGUCUCUGGUUGGGUUAUUCCCAAUAAAGUUGGAUCAAGCAAUAUCUCCAGACCAGCUCAUGAUGUCAGGGUAAAGAUCAAGCGCAGGAAGUUUCCGUGGGAAUAA